AUGAUUCGGGAUAUUAAUGGAGUGCCUAUUAAAGAUGUUUACGAUCGCCUCAGAAAAGGCAAAGAAUUUUUUGAGGCCAAACUUAACCACGAUGCACUAUCUAUUGUCCCGAACAUAACUGAUUCGCCCGUCGAGCCAUAUGUUUGCAAUUGUGUACUGCAAACAGAAGAGGAAAUAAUCUCUAUAAUCCAUUGCUUAAGGCCAAAAUUCCUGAAGAAGAUUGCCUUCGGGCCAAAUGUUGUCCACUAUCGUUCAUAA